CGGUGACAAAACAUCUAUUAUUUUCAAUCAUAUAUUUAUAUGCAUUCAAAGAAGCUUUUGCUAAUAUAACAUGCGAAAUACAAGACGAUGAUGAAGAAACAAUCGAAUGUAGCAAUGAUAAUGAAACAGAUUGUGUACUGCAAAGAGGAUUAUUAUCACCAUAUGGGAAUGUUAUAACAAUUUUAAUGAAUUUAUGUUUCAUAGAAAAUAUAGAGACGGACGCAUUUGAAGAGAUGCAUUCAUUAAAAAAUCUUGAUUUGUCAGAAAAUCACAUUGAAAAUAUAACAGUUGGCACUUUCGAUACAUUAAUAGAUUUAGAAGAAUUAAAUCUAUUCAAUAAUUAUAUAAAAGACAUACCAGUUGACUUAUUUAAGUAUAAUAUUAAACUGAAAAAACUUAAUAUAGGAGAUAAUUUAUUGUUAUGGAUUAAUAUUGGAGUGUUUGAUAAUUUAGAAUAUUUGACUACUUUAGUUCUAUCAAACAAUUAUAUAUCUGGAAAUUAUUGGGAUUCUGAUGUAUUUAGAAGAAAUAUUAAUAUUAUGAAUAUACAAUUUUCUGGUAAUAAUAUGACCGAAGCACCUAACAAUUUGUUAACUUACUUCGUCAAAUUAAUAAGUAUAAAUUUAAGAGACUGUCAUCUUAAAGAAUUUCCAAAAUUUCUCAUAUCAAGUAAUUUAACAAAUAUAAUAGUUUUGAAUUUACGAAAUAAUGAAAUUCGAAUAAUUGAACAAAAUCAUUUUGAUAAUUUCGAGAUAUUAUCUAUUCUAGAUUUAUCAGCAAAUCAAAUUGAAUAUAUAGCUGAGAAUUCCUUUAAAAGAAUGAGGAAACUAACAUUUUUAAAUUUAAGCAAAAAUUUACUGACUACCAUACCCAACAAAUUAUUUGCUACAACAUAUAAAUUGUCUUUACUCGAUUUAUCAUAUAAUAUGAUAAUAUAUCUACAAGAGGAUUUAUUCAAAAGGACUAAUUUGAAAAAUUUAAAUAUUGCUCACAACAGAUUGACGUAUCUGCAACAGAAUUUCUGCCAGCAACAGAGAAAUAACGGAGCAUUUAUAAAGAAUUUCUACUUCAAUCAUAAUCCAUGGCAAUGCGCUUGCUUAAGAGAUUUGUUAGACGAAGUAAAAGAAUUAAGAAUUAAAUAUAAUUCUACAUAUUUCGACGGCGGUCAGCCAGUUUGUGUCACUACCGAGGAGUUUGUAUGUAAAAGACAAGAGAAUCUCAACAGUUUCUAUGCAGAUCUAUUUGAUAGUACUGUACAUUAAAUUAUCCUUUGAUGAAUUUAAUA